GUCAUGGUAAGGCUGCUAUAAAAGGGAGGCCCUGAUAACAGGGUGAUCACCUUGUUUUCAGGUUGCUGCUGCGCCAAGAUGAAGGUGCCUGCUGUCCUUGUACUUUGUGUGACCCUGUUCUCUCGGGGAUUCAUCAACGCCCUGGACUCAUGUCUGGGUCGCUGUGGUUAUGGAACAGACGCCAGUUACACCUGUCAGUGUAACCCGGCAUGUGAGCGCUACGGAGACUGCUGUUUAGACUACGCUGAAAUGUGCAAGGAGGCAGCUUUGUCUUGUAAAGGCAGGUGUGAUGAGGCUUACAACUCUCAGAACCCGUGCCACUGCAACAGCUUGUGUUCCCAGCACAAUAACUGCUGCAGCGACUACACAGACCUCUGUGACGGUGGAGCCUAUUCUUGUCAAGGCAGAUGUGGUGAGGCUUACAACUCUCAGAACUUGUGCCACUGCAACACCUUGUGCUCCCAGUACAAUAACUGCUGCACCGACUACACAAGCCUGUGUAGCGGUACAGGUGGCGGGGGAAGCGUCACCCAAGGGGUCUCUGACUCUGAAAUCAAGGCUCUGUCUGAGACGCUGUAUGCUCUGGACUCAAACAAGGCUUCAUCCUCACAGCUGAUCAUUGACUCUCAGUCACUGGUGACCAGCUCCCAGACCAGCUCCCAGACAGAUCUCUCUUCCAAACCCUUGUUCCGUUACUUGGAUGAGGAAACUCUCUUCACCAAGCCUACCUAUGCUGCUCUGCUGGCUGUGCUGGAUAACUACCAGAGGAUGACUGGACAGACGGAGAGCUUCACCUCUCAACAGCUGGCUGAGCAGGAUACAUUCCUCAAAGAGACUAUGUCCAACACUGAGUUGGGCAGGGAGCUGUACGCUUUCCUCAACAACAAGGGCUAUUAUGCAUCAGAGGCAGAGUUCAUUCAAGAUCUGAAAAUGAUGUGGUUUGGCCUGUACUCUCGCUACAAUGGCAAGAUGGACUCCAGUGGCUUUGAACACAUCUUCGCAGGAGAGAUCAAGGGAGGGAAGGUGUCCGGUUUCCACAAUUGGAUCCAGUUUUAUCUUCUUGAGAAAAGUGGACAGCUGAACUACUACAGCCACAGCUUCAAUGGGCCUUGGACAUCUUAUCCUGAUGUGUUGGGGAUGCAGUUCAUGUGGGAAGGCUAUUUCAAGCAGGUCGGCUCUGCAGUCAUUGGCAGCAGCCCUGAGUUUGACUUGGCCAUCUACAGCCUCUGCUACAUCACUCGUCCGGGAAAACGGUGUUAUCUGAGCCUUGGAGGGAAGGAGCUCAGCAUCCAGACGUACACCUGGGAGAACUCUUUCUACGAUGGUGGAAAAAAGUUCAUUGCCUCUGCUUAUCCUGCCACCCCUUAAGAAUUUGAAAAUAUUCACUAAACAUUGAGCAAGUUGACAUCGAAAUGUAAAAGAAAUGAUAUUCCCAAAUUAAUUUAAAAGUUAUAAGGUGACAUAAAUGUAACACUCGUUCCCUACCAACCAUAAUAAAGCCAUGCAACAAAUGCA